AUGGCGUUCCGUGCCCCUCUGCGACUUCAAUUGGCCAAGUGCCAGCCGCUCCUGGCCGUCUCUUCGCGUUUCAACGCCCGUGCGCUCUCUUCUGCGACCGCCGCCGCCUCCAGCAUCCCCGAGAGCAUCAGCAAGGAAGCCUCCGUCCCGAACCCCGAUCCCACCGAAGACUCCCCCAGCGCCGCUCUCGUCCGCGAACAUGCGCCUUACAUGGUGGCCACCUACGCCCGCCCGCCCCCGGUGUUCGUGAAGGGCCAGGGCUCUGUCCUCUGGGACGUCGAGAACAGGCAAUACCUCGACUUCACCGCUGGUAUCGCCGUCAACGCCCUGGGCCACUGCGAUCCCGAGAUCACAAAGCUCAUGACCGAGCAGCCCGUCACGAACCAGGGUAGCACUCUCAUGCACGCCUCCAACCUCUACUACAACCCCUGGACCGGUGCCCUCUCCAAGCUCCUCGUUGAGAAGACCCUCGAGGCCGGCGCCAUGCACGACGCCAACUCCGUCUUCGUCUGCAACUCCGGCUCCGAGGCCAACGAGGCCGCCAUCAAGUUCGCCCGCAAGGCCGCCAAGGUCUCCAACCCCGGCAGCGACAAGUUCGAGGUCGUCUCCUUCAGCAACGCCUUCCACGGCCGCACCAUGGGCAGCCUGUCCGCCACCCACAACCCCAAGUACCAGGAGCCCUUCGCCCCGAUGCUGCCCGGCUUCAAGCUCGGCAAGUUCAACGACGUCUCGGCCAUCAACGCCACCGUCACCGAGAAGACCUGCGGAGUUAUCGUCGAGCCGAUCCAGGGCGAGGGUGGCGUCACCCCCGCCUCCGACGACUUCCUCAUUGCCCUGGCCAAGCGCUGCCGCGAGGUCGGCGCCGUCCUCAUCUACGACGAGAUCCAGUGCGGCCUCUCUCGCACCGGCACCUUCUGGGCGCACACCCACCUGCCCAAGGAGGCCCACCCGGACAUCAUCACCACCGCCAAGGCCCUCGGCAACGGCUUCCCCAUCGGCGCCACCGUUGUCAACAAGAACGUCGCCGACAAGAUCAAGGUCGGCGACCACGGCACCACCUUCGGCGGCAACCCCCUCGCCUGCCGCCUGGCCCACAACAUCGUCUCCCGCCUCGCCGACCCCGCCCUGCAGAAGGGCGUCACCGCCAAGGCCGCCAUCUUCAAGACCCGCUUCGACGCCCUCCGCGAGCGCUUCCCCGACCUCAUCCAGGAGGUCCGCGGCCGCGGCCUCAUCCUCGGUCUGCAGCUCACCCAGGACCCCACACCCAUCGUCAAGGCCGCCCGCGAGCGCGGUCUGCUCAUCAUCACCGCCGGCACCAACACCCUCCGCUUCGUGCCCCCUCUGACCAUCACCGAGAAGGAGAUCCAGCAGGGUCUUGACAUUUUGGAGGAGGCUAUUGCUGUUACCCGCUCAUGA